CGCGCGGAGGCCCCGCCCCUUCCGGGCCUGGCUGUCGAGCGGCUGGGCGGGGCCUGGGCCCGGCCGCGACAUGGCGGAGGCGGAAGGCGAGAGCCUGGAAUCGUGGCUGAAUAAAGCCACCAACCCAUCUAACAGGCAAGAAGACUGGGAAUACAUCAUUGGGUUCUGUGACCAGAUCAACAAAGAGCUUGAAGGUCCACAGAUAGCUGUGAGACUACUGGCUCAUAAAAUCCAGUCGCCCCAGGAAUGGGAAGCAGUCCAGGCCUUGACAGUGUUGGAAGCUUGUAUGAAGAACUGCGGGAGAAGAUUUCAUAAUGAAGUAGGGAAAUUUCGUUUUCUAAACGAGUUAAUCAAAGUUGUGUCUCCAAAGUACCUAGGAGACAGAGUCUCUGAGAAGGUGAAGACUAAAGUCAUUGAGCUGCUGUAUAGCUGGACAGUGGCACUGCCAGAGGAAUCCAAGAUUAAAGAUGCCUACUACAUGCUGAAGAGACAAGGUAUUGUUAUGUUUGACCCUGUAAUCCCUGCGGAUAGAACCCUGAUUCCCUCUCCUCCACCUCGCCCCAAAAACCCUGUAUUUGACGAUGAGGAGAAAUCCAAGCUUUUAGCCAAACUAUUGAAAAGUAAAAACCCAGAUGACUUACAAGAGGCCAACAAGCUUAUUAAAUCCAUGGUAAAAGAGGAUGAGGCCCGCAUUCAGAAGGUGACAAAACGCAUUCACACCCUUGAGGAGGUGAAUAACAAUGUGAAGCUCCUAAAUGAGAUGCUUGCUCACUACAGCAAAGAGGACUCGUCAGAGGCUGAUAGGGAGCUCAUGAAGGAGCUCUAUGAAAGGUGCGAGACCAAAAGACGAACUUUAUUCAAACUGGCCAGUGAGACGGAGGAUAAUGACAGCAGCUUGGGGGACAUUCUACAGGCCAGCGACAACUUAUCCCGGGUAAUAAAUUCCUAUAAAAAAAUAAUUGAAGGGCAAGUCAUCAAUGGUGAAGUAGAUAUCCCAGCAACAUCUUCAACAGAAGGGAGCGAUCCUGCUAGUAAUCUCAACACCCUCAUUGACCUUGCUGGAUUGGACGUUACCAGCACCCCGCCACCACCGAUGCCAUCCGCAACGCUGACACCAGCCCCAACGCUAGCACCAGUGCCAGCCUCGUCAGAAAUCCCCAUCCUCCCUCCUCCUCCCCAGACAUUUGGUCACUCGCGGAGCCGCUCCUCCAGCCAAGCCGAGACGGCUCCUGCUCAGCAGAGCAAUACGACUAAUUCUCUCUCCUUGCUGGAUGAGGAGCUGCUUUGCUUAGGCCUGAAUGACCCAGCCCCUACAGCAGUGAAGGAGUCAACUGAUAACAAUCAGUGGAACGUGUUCCAGAACGACCAGGUGGACCUGGACUUCUUUAGUCCAAAGCUGGUGACUGUUGCCUGCAACUCUGCAGGGAACCCUCUUCUCCAUCAUGGGUCGCAAUCUGCGUGUGGAAUUUCUGCACCGCUGCCUUCCACUUUCACAGCCUCUCAGACUGUUUCCAGCAUUCCUGCACCUAACUUAUUCUCUGCUGGACCAGCCACCCCUCUGGGCCCUCCUAAGACCAUGCCAGCUCCUCCUGGGUACCUCCCUUCAGCCAUGGGGGGCAAUACUUUGCACAAGCUGGAUGCAUUGGGACACCUUCUUGAAGAGGCCAAAGGGAUGUCAGCCCAAGUGAAGCCCACACCCUCAGUGUUCCCUGGAGUUACCUUAUCAACCACUGUCACCUCAGCACCCAUAGUAUCCACUGCAGGUGUGCCGGUCACUGAUCCAGUGGUCCCUACCAUUCCUUUUCCAAGCAGCUGCACCGCAGGUUCAGGAAGCCCCCUCUUCCAGCCAGCUUGUUUCCAGCAGCAGGGCAGCCCUCUGAAAGCACCUGACAUUUCUUUGGCCAAUGUCCAUGUUCCACUGGAGUCCAUUAAACCCAGCAAUGCUCUUCCAGUGACAGCCUACGAUAAGAACGGGUUCAGGAUCCUCCUACACUUUGCCCAGGAGUGCCCACCUGGGAGAUCGGAUGUGCUGGUCGUGGUUGUUCUCCCUAUUAAAAAUAUUAUACUGCAGGCAGCAGUACCAAAGUCCAUGAAAGUGAAGUUGCAGCCCCCCUCGGGCACGGAACUGUCUCCAUUCAACCCCAUCCAGCCACCAGCUGCCAUCACUCAAGUCAUGCUGUUGGCAAACCCCACCAAGGAAAAAGUGAGACUGAGAUACCGAUUGACCUUCACUUUGGGAGACCAGCCCAGCACAGAGGUUGGGGAAGUGGAUCAGUUUCCCCCGGUAGAACAAUGGGGGAAUCUAUGACCCAGCGAGAUUGCCACAGACUCCAUGACAGGACCUGGCAGGGAUCCCAAAGGGACUGGAAUGACUGUGACGUGGAAGGGGCGCACAUGCUAUCCACUGGUGAUGUUUAGCUUUGUUUACAUGUCCUGACCACUCUGCUUGUAGCUUUAGUCCAGAAUGUCUUACCCCAGGUUGAAGUGGUCCUGGGGCAUAUAUGCCAAGCAUGAACUGAGUGGCAGCCGGUAAGACCUUUUGCUGGCUGCUUUUAUCUUGGCUUCUGGGUGAACCUGGUUCUAUCUUCCACUUUGUUUAAACUUGAAAUGAUGGUGUUUUGGAACAGAGACCUGUCGCAAGAGGGGGAUUGGGUUGGCUUACUCCCAUGCUGUUCUCCAGAGAUGCCUAAAGGCUGGUAGGGUAAUGAUGUAAUGAGUUUCCUCAGUGCAGAGCCCUAAUAUAGGCCUACCCUAGGGCUUUUAUCUCCUGGGUACCAGAACUAGACUCUCUAAGCCUGUUGAGCAAUAAGGCCGGCUCGAAGAGGGUACAUUUAUUUUUUACACUAGAGUGACGCUGCAUACGCCCACUCCAUUUUCUCUCCCAACAGCCAUCCUAAGCAGUCCGUUUAGGCAGAUAGUAGGUGUGAGCUGUGUGACACUCCUUUCUCUAACUGAUAAGGUUUAUUUUAUACUCCCAGGUGCCUGUAUACAGUAUUGCUUCCAGGCAGCUGGGACUACUCUUUGUACACAUGUGGCUACACACUGGUUAUUCUUCUGACUUCGUCACAUUCCACAGUGUUGAGCAGGGGGAGGUGAGGAGGUAAAACCACCAGGGCUAAAAGGCUCCAGGGGCCCAGGAUGUAAGAGCAGCAGAGUCUCUGCAAUUGCUAAUCAGGUGCAGCAACCAAAGCACGGUUAAGAUAGGCCUCUCAAGUCCCCUCAUGCACGGAGUAUUAUUAUUGUAGUUGAGUACUAUGUUCUCUUGAGGUGAUUAGGAGUAGGAUCUGUAAAUACUAGAGCUGUAGAGCAACUACUAAGUAAGCAGACAGAUGAAGGGAAGGAAGGACCCACUAGGCUAUGAUGAUGCAUGUGUUGGGUGUCUUACCACUUUAUCUGUUCCCAGUAUUAAGUGGCAAAGUGCAAUGGUCUCCCCAGUGGGAAAUCUCUAUCCUGCCGGACAUCAACUUUGUAGUGGGGGUCAACACAAGGAGGUGAGAAGAGCAAGUCCUCUCUAUACUUACUAGGAAAUGCAGUUGAAUAAGGAAAGGUUUGAUUCUUGUUGGAUGUGGCCUGCCAGGCCGUUCUAUUCGGCCCAUGGGGCCCUUAAAAAAUUUAGAAACUUAAUAUUUACCUGCCCCUGGCUGCCUGUCAUGCAGCCCUUGAUGGCUUGCCAAAACUCAGUAAGCAGCCCUCCGCCCAAAAUAAUUGUCCACCCCUGGAAUAGACUGUGCUUUUCAGGGAGGUAAGGUCACUGGGUUUUUCAGUUCCCUAAAGGAAGUGGCGGUGUUUUUCAACAGAAAGGAAGAGGUGGGGAGCAAGAGAGUCCCUUUCUGCUUCUGACAAGGUCCUCACUUGCAUUUUAGACACAGUAAGCAUAGGGCUUUGCUUAGAUCAUUUGAGUCUGCCCAGGUGCUGUAGUAUAUCCUUUAGGAAGCAGGUUUCACUGCUCUAGCUGCCUACAAGUGAAUCUCACUGUGACUUUGAGGAAAUCAGACGAGCACAAGUGCUUUCUGCAGAAUGGCUUCAUUCUUACUGUCAACAGCGCUGCAGUGCCCAAGCUGUACAGUCAAAAGGAACGAUCCCAUCUUCUCGCUGUGUGGAAAUGUAUUGUUAAAAGCUUUGGAAAUUAAAUUAUUUAUGAAUGUUACUUGUUCAUAGGUUGAGGUUGCAGCUUCAUACUGAACCGUCUUAUUAUAAAUACAUCUCGAAUGCAUUUGUUUUGCUGCAUGUUAAAUAAACUGUUUUCCCUA